AAUUUCCUUCUUUAGACUGUUACAAAACAAGGAAUUGCAAGGUACAAAAUGUUAUAAUUGACCUUGAUGUGGGACGCAUAGCGAUAUCAACACAAUUGAUACCUUCACUGCUUCAAGUCUUUAACAAAAACAUCUCUAUCCACUCGCGCUUUGCGUUCCCCAGAGACAGCAAAUCACGCGCCAAAUAACACAAUAACCUGGUCUUCGCAUUGUUGCAGUUAACAGGUGGUACAUAACGAGGAUAACAAAGGCACGUGCAAGCCGCCGUACUGCGUCUGCGUGAAAGCACAACCGGCUUUUGGAGCUUUUUCGUCGAAAACAACUGUUGAUGAUAUCGUAAAUGUUAACAAGCUGUUAACACGAUGCCAUAUAAAAGGCCAAUCAGUUGUGAUAAAGUAACAGUAACGGUUCGGUUGCGCGACUGCCAAUGUGCUAAAGCCAGCGGUGAAAGCUCACAGUGUGAUGAAAGCGCUAAGCGCCAUAUACAGUUUAGUGAAAAAUUGAAGAAUUUAAAGCAAAGUUAUCAGUUCUCUACAUAUCAGCAUUUGUAUUUAACAUAUCAGUGAACAAUAAGUAAAGUGAUAUAUAAUAUAUUAACGGCAUUUCAAGUUCGUUGACUUUCAGCACGCUUUUAUUACAAGCUCUUCCCGCGUCGCAUGUACAAAAUGUUCGCGUUAUUGCUACUGUUGUUGCCCAUAAUUUCAACGGUGAAUUCGCAGAAUGACACAGAAUCGCGUCUGGCGGCUUCCCUCAAGAGCAGCGACUCCACGGCCGCUGCCGAGAGUAAAUGUGGCGACACUCAACGCAUGGUCGAUGAGUGCUUUAAGGACCUGCCGGCACAUUUAAUGGAAUUUCUGCAGACCACAAAGAUUGCCAACAACGAACACGAGAUUGCAUCGAAGUGCACUGUCUUCAAUAAGGGCAUGAGAUGUUUCGACGAUUAUACGGCUCGCUGUCUCACCAAUAAGACGCUAAAUCUCUUUAAGAAUAAUGUGGAAGGAGCGCGCCGAUUUUUCAAUCGCUUUUGUAGCGAUCGCGAAUUUCAAAAGGACUAUUUACAGCACAAGGACUGCUUCGGUUAUAUACAGGAUGACUGGAUGCGUUGCACGCGCAAUUUUCAGGAAAUACUCACCGAGGAGUUGCAUGGCGAGCAAACGAAUGUGACCAAUAAAUUUAUGGAAUUUUGCUGCGCACGCCACGCCUACGAGAAUUGCAUCUACAAUAGCGCACGCUACAAAUGCUACAAGAAUUCGGCCAAAUUCGCACGUGACACAGCCAAAAUGCUAUCGGAUGAGAAACACUUCACCAAUUGUCGCCAAUAUGAGAAUGUGCUCUGCAGUGUGGGCCAUCCGAGAUCCCUCUACGGCGGUGGCACCAAUGCCAUGUUUGGCUGGUCGCAGCUGCUGUUGAUCUGGCUACCUGCUGUGUUGUUGACAAGAGCGAGCGUCGCCCGGCGGCAAGCGUAAAUCACAAAUCAAUGACGAUGAGCUGAUUUUUAGCCUUCACUGCAUAUAUACAUAUAUGAGUGUGUGUGUGUGUGACAGGUAGGUCUUUUGUGUGUGGCACAAUAAUGGAACAUAGACGCAAUGACCAUGUUAACAACGGAGCGCUUGUUGACCAACCACUGCACAUGUGCGCAUAUAUGUAUGUAUGUAUGUAUGUACCGUUAUGGGUGUACUCGUAUGUGAGUUUGAAAUGGAAUUUUAAAUGGGUCAGCGUGAUGACUACAUGAUAUCAAAGAGCUUAUAUAUGUGUAUAUGUAUACUUCGUAAUUGUCAAUUUAUUUAGCGAGCAAAGUGAAACUGUUGUGUUAGGAUACACUCAAGUAGCUGUUGUAUCGUCAUGUGUAUGCCACUGUUUGUGUAUGUAUGUGUAGGCUAAACUUUUGUGUCUGUUGUGUGACGUUCGUUAGGAAUGUGCAGCGCAACGAUAUCUCUUAAAUAAAAAAAGUAAUGAAGAUUAUACAAAAAAGUUUUCAAAGCGCUAUUAACUAAGAUCUCCGCUUAACAAAUAUAUUUGUAAGACGAAAUGUUAUUUAGAUGUGAAAUAGUAUAAAUAAUAAAUGAAAUUUAAAAAUAAA